CAGUAUCCCCCAGUCCCUCCCAGUCCACCCCUCUGAGCCCUCCCAGUGCCCCUCAGUAGCUCCCAGUGCCCGAAUCUCCCCCCCCAGUGCCCCCCAGUGCCCCCAAUCUCCUCUCCCAGUCCCUCCCAGUGCCCCCAAUCCCCCUAAUUCCCCCCCCCCCAGUGCCCCCAAUCUCCUCUCCCAGUGCCCCCCAGUGCCUCCCAGUGCCCCCCGGUGCCCCCCGGCCAUGGGGCGGCUGCUGGGGGGCUGCCUGUGGCUGCUGGGGGGGCUGGCGCUGCUGCAGACCCUCUACCUGCGGGGGCUUCCCCCUGCGCGCCCCCCGCCCCGCGCCCCCCACCCCCAUCACCGCCCCCCCCGGGGGGUUCUGGACGCUUCUGGAACCUUCCGCGUGUACUGGGACGUGCUGGGAGCCGCCCCGGGCUGGGCGCGAAGCCCCCGGCCCGAGCUGGUCCUGGCCACCCACGGGACCCCCGGGCGGGCGGCGGCGGCGCUGGGGGGCGCCUGGGGGGGCCCCCUGGCCCUGGCGGUUUUUGGGGAGCCCCGGCGGGGGCUGCGGGAGCUGCUGGCGGCGCUGGGGGGGCCCUGCCGGGCUCUGCGGGGCCGCCUCCGCCUGCAGCUGGUGCUGGGGGCCGCGGGACCCCCGCCCCAAUUCGGGGUGCCACCCUCGGCGGGGCCCGGGGGGUGCCGGGGGGCUCUGGCCCGGCUGGCGGCCGCCGACCCCCCCAGUUACACUUUGGGGGUGCCGUACCCCGGGAAUCUACUGCGGAACGUGGCCUGGGAGGGGGCGGCCGGGGGGGGCCCCGCGGCGGGACCCCCGCCCCGGGUUUGGGGGCGUUUCGUGCUGUUGGUGGACGCGGACGUGGUGCCCAACCCGGGGCUGCGCGAGGCCUUCCUGGAGAUGCUGAGGGACGGGGGGCUGGACCCCCGAAACUGGGGGGGACAGGGGGGAAAGGACCCCCAAAACUGGGGGGGACAGGGGAUCCCCAAAGCUCUGGGGGCUCCUGGUGGCCUGAGUGACCCCCAUGCCCUGGGUGACCCCAAAACCCUGAGUGACCCCCACGGCCUGAGUGACCCCAAAACCCUGAGUGACCCCAAAACCCUGAGUGACCCCAAUGCCCUGAGUGACCCCAACACCCUGAAUGCCCUGAGUGACCCCCAUGGCCUGAGUGACCCCAAUGUCCUGAGCGACCCCAACACCCUGAAUGCCCUGAGUGACCCCCAUGGCCUGAGUGACCCCAAUGUCCUGAGUGACCACAAUGCCCCGAGUGACCCCAAAUCCCUGAGUGACCCCCAUGGCCUGAGUGACCCCAAAACCCUGAGUGACCCCAACGCUCUGAGUGACCCCAAAUCCCUGAGUGACCCCAAUGCCCUGAGUGACCCCAACACCCUGAAUGCCCUGAGUGACCCCCAUGGCCUGAGUGACCCCCACGCCCUGAAUGCCCCCAACACCCCGACUGCCCCCCACUCCCCGCUGGCCCCCGUCCCCGCGGAGCCGCCCUGGGCCUGGUCUCUCUUCGUGCUGCCGGCCUUCGAGGUGGCGGCGCGACGGCGGCCGCCGGGCUCCAAGGCGGAGCUGCUGCGGCUGUGGGCGGCGGGCGAGGCGCGCCCGUUCUACGCCGCGCUGUGCCCGCGCUGCCAGGCCCCCACCGACUUCGGCCGCUGGCGGGCGCUGCCCGCGGGGCCCCGGCUGCGCGUGGCCUACGAGGCGGCCUGGAGGGACCCCUGGGAGCCGUUCUACGUGGCCCCCGCCCACGGCGUGCCCCCCUUCGACGAGGGCUUCCUCCAGUACGGCUUCAACCGCAUCAGCCAGGCCUGUGAGCUGCACGUGGCCGGGUUCCGCUUCGCGGUGCUGGACGGGGCCUUCGUCACGCACCGGGGGCUGAAGGAGCCGGGCCGGUUCCACCGCAGCCGCGAGGCCGAACUGGACCAGAACCGGCGCCGCUUCCGCGCCUUCCGCCGGCGCCUGCGGCAGCGCUACCCCGGAUCCACCCGCCGCUGCUGAGCCCCGGGACACCUGGGGGCACUGGGACAGCUGGGGGACACCUGGGGACGCACCUGAGGAACCUCCAAUGGACACCUGGGGACAGCUGGGACCCCACAAUGGAUGCCUGAAACACCUGGGACACACCUGGGAUCCUCCAAUGGACACCUGGGGCCUCUCCGUGGGGCUGACCGUAGUAAGAACCAGCAAAAACCAGUAAGAACCAGUACAGACCGGUAAGAACCAGUACAGACCAGUGCCUCCCAGCAAACUACAUCUCCCAGCAUGCACCGGCUGCCACCAUUGCCGAACUUCCGUUCUUAUUUGAAAAAAAAAAACACAGCUCCCAGGAUGUUUCGGAAACAACAUGGCCGCCGAGCAACUUCCGGUUUUGUUGUUUAAAAAUUGAACUUCAGUUCCCAUCAUGCAACAAAACGGCGCGGCCGGAAGUGGUGAUCAUUUAUGGGACUACAGCUCCCGUGAUGCAUCGGGGGAAACAUGGCCGACUUCCUGUCCGCUGUGUCUAAAAUGGCAGCCGUGGGCAGCAGCGCCGCCUGGCGGGCGGGAGGGCCGAAUUUGGGGAGGGGGCGUGGUUUGCGGAGGGGGAGGGGCAAAAACUCCGGGGGGGGGCAAAAGGGAUUGGGGGGGGCAAUGGGAGGAGGGGAAAUCCCAAAUGCGGGAGGGGCGGGGCCGUGGUGGGGGAGGGGAACUGAAAUUCCAAGUGGGGGGAGGGGCAGGAUCCCAAAUUUUGGCGUGGGGGGGUUUGGGUUGUGACCCCCAAAUCCAGGGGGAGGAUCUGAUUGGACGGUGAAACCCCAAAUCUUGAGGAGGAAGAAGAGCUGGAGCCCGGCGGAGUCGCGGUUAAUAAACGAUUUUUAUUUUUUGCCAUUUC